AGUGUCAAAAGAUAAGAGAGGAACCUCAGCCUCAGGCGCCGUGAUCUGGCGAUCCUGGGAGUGUUUCAUCCUCGUCUACCGAGCUGGAAAGCCUUCUGAAGGAAACAAAGCACUGCAGGACGACCCCAAGACUGGCGCCAUGUGGAACUUAGGGAAGGUGGCUGUCUGUCUACCUUUUCUAGUAGCAGUCACUUUGGCACAAGGUGUCACUGAGUGGACGUCAUGGUUCAACAUCGACCACCCUGGGGGCAACGGGGAUUAUGAGCGACUGGAGGCCAUCCGCUUUUACUACCGUGAGCGAGUGUGCGCCCGCCCGGUUGCCAUGGAAGCGCGCACCACCGACUGGGUCCCUGCUGCAGACACUGGGGAGGUGGUCCACUCCAGCCUGGAGAAGGGUUUCUGGUGCAUCAACAAGGAGCAACCGUACGGCCGCCUCUGCUCCAACUACCACGUGCGCUUCCAAUGCCCUCCAGUACAGACCUACUGGUCAGACUGGUCGCCGUGGGGUCCAUGCUCGGCUACGGUCUGCAGCGACGUCGGGGUCCGGGUGCGACAGCGCCGGUGCAUGAGCACGCGACCACAGCGCCACCUGCUGGCGCCAGUGUGCGAGGGCCACCACACCGAGAGGAAGGAGUGUGCAACUCCGCCGUGCCCAGCCAAGUGGAGUGCCUGGGGAGCAUGGACGUCCUGCUCGGUCACCUGUGGUGGGGGGCGUAGGGUCCGAAGGAGGACCUGCAUGUCGUCCAACAAAGGUCAAUGCACGGGACACCCGGCUGAGGUCCAGAAGUGUGCUAGGAUCCAGUGCCCAGCGCUGUGUCAGCGCGUGUGUCCCGAGGGCCAGCCCAGCAGCGACUGCAGCCGCUGCGUGUGUGAGGGCCACCAGCUGCUCGGGGAGGUCCUCAGCAUCACAGGGGCCCCCGUGGCUGGGGCCCUGGUCUCCUUGGCUGAUGUCCCCAAGUCCGUCCAUGUCCCCACCAACGCCAAAGGGCUCUUCAGUUUCCAUGGCAUCUGUUCCGGUGAAAGGACUCUCGUCACGGUCACCAAGGAAAAGUUCGCCCCUGUCACCGUCCCCUCGUCCAGCAACAGGACUGGAAGGUCUUGGGUGAGGGCCGUGGUGAGAUCCUCAGAGAAGCCGUACAUCGUGAAGCACCCCGAGGAAAAGGUCCGCUACGAGGGACAGCGCGUGGCGUUCUGCUGCAAAGCCACAGGAAUUCCAGCACCCAAUAAAUACUACUGGUACCACAACGGGACGCUGCUGGACCGAGCUUCAUACAAAUAUGAAGAAGACCUGGUUCUGAGAGACCUGAAGCCAAAGCAGAGCGGCCAGUAUUACUGCAAGGCCAGUAGCGACACGGGCAGCAUCAAGUCCUCACCUGCCUUCCUCACUGUCUUUGAUAAAGACUCUCCCACCUGCGUUUCUGCACCCGAAAGGCACUUGAUCAAGCUGCCAGUGGACUGCGUCCAGCCUGGGACCAGGUCCAGGUUCUAUAACGCCGGCCGCUGCCCCCACAGCAAGUGUCCGGGGGUCCUGGAUUUCGACAUGCGCUGCAAGGACGGUGUCGGCUUCUGCUGCGGAGUGAAGCGCAUGGAGACGCGCGAGAUCGACUGCGGCAGCUACACCCUUCCCAUCCGUGCUGUGACAGAGUGCGGGUGCCAGAAGUGUACGGCGCCUAAGGUGUUGGUUCGGGGACGGGUGGCGGCGGCAGAUAAUGGCGAACCUUUGCGCUUCGGACAUAUAUAUAUCGGGAAGGAAAGGGUGGGCUUCACUGGGUAUCAGGGGACCUUCACUCUUCAGGUGUCCCCUGAUACGGAGAGGCUGGUGGUGAACUUUGUGGAUAAAACACAGAAGUUCAUAGAUACGGUCAAGGUAUUUAUUUUCGACAAGAAGGGCGGCACUGUCUACUAUGAUGUGAAAGUGAUGCGGAAGAAGGAACCUGUGAAUAUCAACUCCAAGGAAACAAAUACGAUCUACCUGGGUGAGAUUGAUGGUGAGGACCCUAUUGGUCAGAUAGUGAUUCCUCCAAACUCUUUUCACAAAAACAGCGGGGAGGUUUACGAGGGUACUGUGAAGGCUAGUGUGACAUUCAUCGACCCAAGAAACAUCACUACUGCUCCUGCCACUCCUGGAGACCUUAACUUCGUCGAUGGCGAAGGAGAUAUGCUUCCUCUGAGGACCUAUGGAAUGUUUUCUGUGGAUUUCCGAGAUGAGACUAACCAGGAGGCUCUCGGCAGCGGGACGGUACAAGUGCUUGUAGACACAGAGCAUGUGAAAAUGCCAGAGCACAUCACCAAGAUGAAACUGUGGUCUCUCAACCCAGAUACGGGGAUUUGGGAAGAAGAAAGUGACUUUAACUACUCUCAGAUUGUCGGUGGUGGAAAUGGAAGGAGCAAGAGGGAAGAGCGCACUUUCCUCAUCGGAAACAUGGAAAUCAGGGAACGGCGCCUAUUUAACCUGGAUGUGCCUGAGGACCGGCGAUGCUAUGUCAAAGUGCGAGCAUACAUGAGCGACAAGUUCCUGCCCACUGAGCAGCUGGAAGGGGUGGUCAUCAACCUCAUCAACCUGGAGCCCAAGCCUGGCUACACAUCCAACCCUCGUGCUUGGGGUCGCUUUGAUAGUGUCAUAACCGGACACAAUGGAGCCUGCCUACCUGCCUUCUGUGAUGCAUUACGGCCUGACGCCUACACAGCUUAUGUGACCGCCUUAAUGGGUGGUGAGGAGCUGGAGGCAGCACCAUCAUCACCAAAAAUGAAUCCCAAUAUUAUUGGAGUGUCUCAACCAUACCUAGACAAGAUAGAUUAUCAGCGCUCAGAUCAUGAGGAUCCAGCUCUAAAGAAAACUGCCUUCAAAAUUAACUUAGCUAAGCCUAAUCCCAACAAUGUGGAAGAAACCAAUGGGCCAAUAUACCCCUAUCAGAGUUUAAUAGCUUGUGAAAACGCACCAGUCGAUGCAAAUCACUUCCGAUUCUUCCGUGUGGAGAAGGACAAGUAUGAGUACAACGUGGUGCCCUUCCAGGAAAGUGACCUCACCACCUGGACCGGUGACUACCUCUCUUGGUGGCCGAACCCUCAGGAGUUCCGUGCUUGCUACAUCAAGGUCAAGAUAAACGGACCCACGGAGGUCAUGGUGAGGUCACGAAAUUUUGGAGGCACCCACCCUCAGACGAAGGGGCAGCUCUAUGGCAUCAGAGACAUUCGCAGCACCAGGGACAUGAACCUACCCAACACCUCUUCUGCCUGCCUGGAGUUUAAGUGCAGUGGGAUGCUCUAUGACCAAGACAUCGUGGACAGGUCCCUCAUCACCGUCAUCCCCCAGGGUAACUGCAGACGAGUUGGCAUCAACAACCUCCUACAGGAGUACCUCACCAAGCAUCCUCCAGUACUGCAGAACAACGAGACCCACACCUUCACCAUGCUCGCCCCCGUUGACCCACUGGGACACAACUAUGGCAUCUACACCGUCACAGACCAAAAUCCCCGGGUAGCCAAAGAGAUAGCAAUCGGCCGCUGCUUUGACGGCACCUCCGACGGCUUCUCGAGGGAGAUGAAAUCUGAUUCAGGGGUGGCUCUGACUUUCAGUUGUCCCGAGAGAACAGUGACACGGGAGAGUCUCUUCCAACGCUUGCAGACCAACCCCGCUCAAACUCUGUCUCAGAUGGCCCGAGACAUGAGGCAGGUGGCGGGGAUGCAGGUCAGCAGAGGGGCUGCCCAGGUGGUGACCUUCCCCUCGAGUCUACAGAGCAGGAUCCAGGGCCGCAGAGUCAGUGGGGCAUCAGGGAGGAGAAGAACCUCAGCCCGAACACAAUCCAGACCAUAGAUUUGCUUUUAGGCAAGUGUUAACCCACUUAAACAAAAUUCUGCAGUAUUGUCGUUAGUGUAAUUUGCACAUAUGCCUUUAUGUUUAUUUCUAAAAUGUUUAGAACCAUUUUUUUCCAAGUUCAAGAGUUUCUUCAUCACACACACAGUUCUACAGGUACAACGUGCAGUGAAAUAAAAAGCUAGCCUGCUCCAAGACUGCGAAACAAAGCAACCCGCAAUAGACUAAAAUAAUAAAUCAGUGGAAGAGACAAUGCAAUUAACAAUUAGCAUGUAGUAACUAUGGUGAUUAGUAAUAUUUUAAUUACGAUUAAAAAUUGGCUUCACACACAUUUAAAAGAACUUUUCCCUGAAUUGUCCUUGCAUAAAUACCUCCCUAUGCAGUUAUGCAGAAAAUAGUCCCCUGCUGUGCUUAUAUUGACUGUCCCCUUUCUGCUCAGAAUUUCUUUCUGGACUUUUCUCCUGUGAGUGGAAUUGACGAAGACGAGGAGGAGGAUGCGGGCGGCAGUGGAGAUAUCAGGCCGGAUCACCCUGGUGAUGUGGAAUCUGUGCUUUUGCUUCAGUUCACUUGUGCAUGUUCUUUCCUGAAGACAUAAUCAUUACCGUUACAUUCUCUGCGUUAUCCCUGGUCACCUUCCUUGGAGAAACAAGGGGAACGCUUCCUAAUUCCCCAGCAAAGUUACAGAAAGACUUUAUGGACAGGCCACCCAUUUUUAAAAGAAGUUACAAUAUAUAUAUAUAUAUAUAUAUAUUUAUAUAUAUAUAUAUAAAAUCCUGGAAAAGCUUGGAAAAGUUGGUUUCUUUAACAUUUCAUCAGCAUCUGGAAGUUUUUUCGCUGAUUAAUCAUUAAAAUUCAUAAUAAAUUGAAAGGAAAAUAUUCUAGAAAAACACACCUGGCUAAAACUUUCCUUUGAAGAGAGACUGCUUCCUUAAAAACAAACCGCAUGGAUCCUCUAAGUCAAAAUGAAAAGACGUCACCUCAGAGAAGUGAUAAAAUGUGUCUGUGUGCCAGCUAAGCUACGAUGCUAAUUUAAAUGGACACGGUAAGGUGCAAGUUACCGGCAUGUCCGUGAAGCAGAGGGGGACCUGUCCUUAACUUUUCUGAAAUGAACACGCGACGCAAUGCCAGCUGCGAUCCAGCCAAAUUUCUCUCUAACCUGAUGGCAGUGCGAACUGAGCUUCUGCCAACACAAGCAUCCCCUAACAAAGCGGAUCUCACUUGCAGACUAAACAGAUCUUACACACUAGGAAAAAGAAGUAGCUUGAAAGAGAAGACAAAUUUCCCUACAUGCUAUUGCCCGAACUGUUCUUCCAAUUCAGCUGAAUAUUAUACAUAUGUAUGCAUAUAUAAUAAUUAGUUAAAGUUAGUUAUGUCAUUAUAGAUUAUAUAGAAGAUGUGUUUGUUUGUCUCCUGAAGUGCAAUAACGUUGUUUGGGUAUUGACUUGAAAGCCCUACCGUAAAUAUCCAACAGUACAGCCCAGAAAACAGUAAACAGACCAAAUCCUGGUAAAUACUCCCUGGAUUCAUAAUACAAUAACUUUCAAGCGUUUUAAGUAUAAACCAUUAUGUUGCAUAAGUGAAAAUAAUUUAUGCAUUCUUCAAUCUCUUUCUCUCUGGAGAGAGAAAUGACUGAUGUUUAAGAUAAUGUUAUUUCUGUCAUACAUCAAUUUUGAAAACUGAAAACUGUUGCCAUUUUCUGGGUAAAUAGACCAUACUCCUAUUUCAGGCCACAUAUUAGCGGCUUAUUUGCUUAGAUGAUGUUAGAUUAGCUAGUAAACUGUUGUUUCUAAAGACCAGAUAUUUUAAAAAAAUUUAGUGGACUAAAAAAAAAUGGAAAGAAACCAAUUAGUGAUUAAUGUAGGGUGACCCAAGACAGCCACCCUUAGGUUAAUCCGUCUGACUGGCAUGCAAGCUGAACGCAGCUGGAAGCCAACUUAGGAAACUCUGAAACAAAAAUUCCCAUGUAAAUGAGAAGCAGAUUGUUUUGAAAAAAAAUUAUAGCCAAGUAAACAGGAAUAUUUGGUUACUGGCGAGUGAAAGGCCAUUUUCAGACACUUGUCUGCUUGACACUGGGGAGCUGUCCCAGAAAAUUCACUGUGAAAUUAUUCCAAUUCUAUAUGCCCUCAGGGGUAGUGUCACUGAACACAGAAAUUAUGUUCCUCGACUUAUAAUCAAUAUCAAUGAUUCCCAAAUUUGGCAAAUGGGACCAAAUAGCAGUGGGGUAUCUAGCUUCGCGUAUAUGUACGCAUUUAAAAAAACAGAAUCUGCUGAACAACUGACUCUACGUGUACCAAGAAUUAAUUUACAGUUUGGAUUUCAGGUAUAGAAAUGCAAGAUCAUACCCUGUGGCACCGUUGUCUCACAUCACUCCUAGCUAUAAAAUAUUCACGAAAUUUGCACAUUCCGGGCAGGAGUCCAUGACUUUGCUACAGCUUCCUCACUGCCAUUGCAUCACUGUAUUGGUGAAUCAGCUGUCCCAAAAUUGACUUAGAGUGCAAGUUUGUACCCCGUCUAUAUGUCCCGUUGAGGGUGUUUGCACACUCGCCGUAUUACUGGGACAGUGUCCGCAUCGUCGUGACACACUGUGAUCAUAUUUAGCGCGACUCACAGGCAGACACAAUGUAGAAAUUUCUUCAGAAUAUAAGCAAAAACGCAGGCCAUUAAACUGGGGCCUAGAUAUUCACCGCAAAGCUUUGAAACAGCCUGUGGAUGAUUUUAACCAUGAUCUGGAGUACACUUCAUAAAUUAUUUAUUCGGUUUGUUACGGUUGUCCAAAAUUUUCUUGGUAAAAGCAUAAAAUCAAUUCAGAAAUGCCCCCUCCCUUGCCUGUCCUGAUCUCAUAUGAUCUAUGGAGGCUUCAGGGACGUUUGUCUGCUGUGGCAUGACACCUACAUUAGCCACCAGUUUGGGUCUGUAUGCGGUCCCACCCCUAUAAUACGUUCCAGGAUUAAUUCAUUCGCUGCUGUCUGCCAAGGCUCAGGAAGACCUUAAUUCACAACAGAACGUCUAAAAAAAAAAACUCAUCUAGUUUGGACCUCUCCACCAUUGUCUGGGAUACAAAGAGCAACUUGUUACCACUGUACCGCGGAAACGUCCCCACUGCACCAAAUAAACUCAAGCAAUUACAGAUAAUUCUCUGUCAUUCUGUAUCAUUAUGUAUUGCAUGACUCCCCCCGACUUCAGUGUGUACAUUGUGAAUUGACUGGACAUGUUGAGAUACUGUAAAUAAACAUUUUUGUAAAAAUGCU